GCGCGGCCACUGACAGCCCGCGCGGAUGCACGUGUCACACGGAGCCGCGAGCCCGAGGAACGAGGACUUGAGAGAGAAGCGGAGAAGAAGUGUGACAUGAGCGUGCGUGCAGGGUAGAGCCCGCACACGCGCGCCCGCGCGCCCGGCCCAUGGCUCGCUCCCGGCGGUGUCCCGCGGCGGGAACCACCGCGGCGACGCUGCUCCUGCUGUACCUGGCGCAGCUCGGCACAGGCCUUAAGUGUGUAUGCCAGCUGUGCACCAACAAAACCUGUGAGACGGGGGCAGACGGGGCCUGCUGGAACUCGGUGAUGCUGAUUGACGGGAAAGAAGAAGCUGUUAAGUCCUGUCUCUCACCCUCUGAGAUGAAGGGCCAGGUCUUCUGCUACAGCUCACGGAAUGUGUCCAAGAGGAACUGCUGCUUCACUGACUUCUGCAACAAUGAGACCUUACGCUUGUACCCAGAGAGUCCUCCGAGGGCACCUGGCUGGAGCAAGCUGGAGUUGGCAGCGGUGCUGCUGGUGCCGCUCUGCCUGCUGUGUGUGGGUGCCCUGCUGGGCGUGUGCACGGCCCACGCGAAGCGCUGUGGUCGGCGACGUCCUCACAAGCAUGAUGCGGAGGACCCGCCCGACGACCAGAGCCUCAUGUCCCCCAACAAGUGUCUGAAGGACCUGAUCUUCGACAUGAGCACUUCAGGAUCUGGAUCAGGGCUUCCACUGCUGGUUCAGCGGACGAUUGCCCGGACCAUUGUCCUGCAGGAAAUUGUUGGGAAAGGGCGGUAUGGGGAGGUGUGGCGCGGUAAAUGGCGAGGUGAAGAUGUGGCUGUCAAGAUCUUCUCAUCCAGGGACGAGAGAUCCUGGUUUCGGGAGGCAGAGAUCUACCAGACCAUCCUUCUUCGGCAUGAAAACAUCUUGGGCUUCAUUGCUGCUGACAACAAAGAUAAUGGAUCAUGGACCCAACUGUGGCUGGUGUCAGAAUACCAUGAGCACGGCUCCCUGUUCGACCACCUGAACAGGUACGCUGUCUCCGUGGAUGCGAUGCUCCUCCUGGCCCUGUCUAUCGCCAGCGGGCUGGCCCACCUGCACAUGGAAAUCAUCGGCACUCAGGGAAAACCUGCUAUUGCUCACAGAGACCUGAAGUCCAAAAACAUCCUGGUGAAAAAAAAUGGCACGGCAGCCGUUGCCGAUCUGGGCUUGGCUGUGAAGCACGACUCUGUCACCAACUCCAUUGACAUACCGUCUAAUCACAGAGUAGGAACAAAGAGGUACAUGGCCCCAGAAAUCCUGGAUGAAACAAUCAAUAUAAGCAACUUUGAGCUGUUCAAGCGAGCGGACAUGUACUCCCUGGGUCUGGUCUUCUGGGAACUAGCUCGGAGGUGUUCUGUGAGAGGAAUAUAUGAAGAUUAUCAGUUGCCUUAUUAUGACAUGGUGCCUUCAGAUCCCUCCAUAGAGGAUAUGAGAAGGAUUGUUUGUGAACAGAAGCUGAGACCCAACAUUCCCAACCAAUGGCAGAGCUGUGAGGCUCUCAGAGUGAUGGGCAAAAUCAUGCGUGAAUGCUGGUACGCCAACGGUGCUGCCCGGCUCACGGCCCUGCGGGUGAAGAAGACAGUUUCCCAAGUGGCAGUUGUCCCAGAUGUCAAGGACUAAUGAGCCAGCCCCUGCAGGUGUGACUGUAGCUGGUCUGAUGCUCCGCUGUCCAUUUGCAAAUGGCCCACUAUGCCAAAGAAUCCAUGCGUCCAGCACAGAAGAUACAGUAGUAUCCCAAUUCUGUGGGGAAAAGCUCACGAAAUGAAUGAACCUCAUAUUUCCCAUGCAGAAGGUGGUGACUUUAACGUCUUCUCAGAUAUGAUCUAGGAUUAGUGUGCUGCCCCUUCCUAUGUAACCGUUACCCAAGCCCUGCAUUGGUCAAAUAUCAGAACUCUUCUCAACUACCACGAUGAAGGGUGAAUCCAGCAGAAUGAUCAAAAGACCUUCAUGCUCGUUUGUAGGGUUACCUUGAGGGGGUUUGCAAAACCAUUGGGAAACAGUCUACAUUGAGAGAACGCACACCAGUUUUCUGUGUUGAAGGUCAUGACACUAAGCAUAUCACUAAUAGGCUAAGGCCUCUUUACAAGACUUUUAGCUACAACCCCCGUGCGGUCUGCUGGCUGCAACAUCACUCAUUAAAGAAACACAAGCGCCAGCAGAGGAAGUAAGUGUGAAUGUUCCAUGCUACCUCAAAUGUUUUUAAGUGCCCAAAGCUUGAAGGUGUGCAUACAGCAGGACUGCAUUGAUUUCAUUUAUGCAGUUUGACACAAGAUGCAUACUGAUUGCAAAUGUGAAUGUUACGGAGUAACACCCACCACUAUGCCUGAUUGUGUAGGGCUCGCACCCUCUGCCCACCAUCAUAACUAUUGCCAGGCAACUCUGUGCCACCUUUUCAGCACCAGAGAACCAAGCUUUACAUUUCACGUACUUGUUGUUAAUCUUUACAAAAUGUCUUUCUGCACUUUGCUGUCCAUGCAAACACAUGUACCUCAAGGACCAAGCUAAAUUUGAAUUGUGCCAAUGCAGUUGUUUUAGGGGAUGGAUAAGUAAAAGAAUGUGAUGUGUUUAUGAUACAUCAGACCGCAUUUGGUCAUUUCAACAUUAAUUGCAUUUACUUAAAUCCAAAUUCAGCACGCUAUACAGAAGAAUGUAUGUAAUGUAAUGCUGUUUCUAUGCUUGAUGCUGAAGCCUUGUCAUUCCCAUCUACAAAGAAGAGACAUUACUGUCUUAUUUUGAACUGCAAAUGAACCUUACAAAAGGGUGCAUCAUUUUAGAGGCCCCCGUGUUCACCUAGUGCACCUCUGAACAAUGCAAAUAUAUAGACAAAAAUUCAGUUUGUGUAUAUUUUCUGCAAAGGUAAUUCAAUGUGUGCUGUUUACAUGUGAAUACCUAAUUGCAAAUGAGAUGAGAAUGUUAAUUGGUUAAAACCAAAUCUUUAAUCAAAAGCUGUGUAAUGUAAGGCCAAAAAUAAUUGUCCAUGAGCUUAGAGCUAGGAUAAUACACUAUGGUAACUUUUUAAGCUUUGUGUGUAUAAAGUUCAAUUACUCUGUUGCACUACAGUGUUAAU